AGCUCUUCCCGCCUUGGAGGGGCCGGCCGCCUCCAGUCCGGCCCGCCCCGCACCCUCUCUUCCCACUCUCGCCACCUCCUCCGCCCCGCUCACCGACACCCCUCACACGUCCCCUCUCCCGCGAGGCCGGCACCUGGAGACACAGCGGACCCCGCUCGAGGUCCGGGUGGCUGGAGGCGUGGGGGUGUUUUGCUGCUCGGUGGCCGGGACGGCACCGCAUCGCCCCUGGGAAAGGCCGUUCUCGCUCCUUCAUCAUGAUGGCAGCCAUUUGUUUAGUGCCUGCUACUUUUGAGACAGUAUUCCUCCAUUCUUGGGUACCGAAGGAUUUAUGAGAUGUACACCAUUGAGCGGAAUGCCGAGAGGACCGCCUACGCUGGGAGACUGCUGUACGACAUGUUUGUGAAUUUCCCAGAUCAGCCGGUGGUGUGGAGAGAAAUCAGCAUUAUUACAUCAGCAUUAAGGAACGAUUCACAGGAUAAACAAACCCAAUUUUUAAGAAGUUUAUUUGAAACUCUCCCUGGUCGGGUCCAGUGCGAAAUGUUACUAAAGGUUACGGAACAAUGCUUCAACACGUUGGAACGAUCAGAAAUGUUGCUUCUACUUUUGAGACGCUUCCCUGAAACAGUGGUGCAGCAUGGGGUUGGCCUUGGGGAAGCAUUAUUAGAGGCUGAAACUAUUGAAGAACAAGAAUCUCCUGUUAACUGCUUUAGAAAAUUAUUUGUUUGUGAUGUCCUUCCUCUAAUAAUUAACAACCAUGAUGUCCGAUUGCCUGCCAAUUUAUUAUAUAAGUACUUGAACAAAGCAGCUGAAUUUUAUAUCAAUUAUGUCACUAGGUCUACUCAAAUAGAGAGUCAGCAUCAAGGUGCCCAAGAAGCAUCUGAUUUAAUGUCACCUAGCAAACGGAGCUCUCAGAAGUACAUAAUAGAAGGGCUGACUGAAAAAUCAUCCCAGAUUGUGGACCCUUGGGAGAGGUUGUUUAAGAUUUUAAAUGUUGUUGGAAUGAGAUGUGAAUGGCAGAUGGAUAAAGGAAGACGAAGCUAUGGUGAUAUUUUGCAUAGAAUGAAGGAUCUCUGCAGAUACAUGAACAACUUUGAUAAUGAAGCUCAUGCAAAAUAUAAAAACCAAGUGGUUUAUUCGACUAUGUUGGUCUUCUUUAAGAAUGCAUUCCAGUAUGUCAACAGCAUACAACCAUCUCUAUUCCAAGGUCCUAAUGCCCCAAGCCAAGUUCCACUGGUUCUUCUUGAGGAUGUAUCAAAUGUGUAUGGUGAUAUAGAAAUUGAUCGUAACAAACAUAUACAUAAAAAGAGGAAACUAGCUGAGGGAAGAGAAAAAACCAUGCAGAGUUCAGACGACGAAGACUGUUCAGCAAAAGGAAGGAAUCGUCACAUCGUAGUCAAUAAAGCAGAGCUUGCUAACUCCAUUGAAGUGCUUGAGAGCUUUAAGCUAGCCAGGGAGAGCUGGGAGUUGCUCUACUCCCUGGAAUUCCUUGACAAGGAAUUUACAAGAAUUUGUUUGGCGUGGAAGACAGAUACUUGGCUUUGGUUAAGAAUCUUCCUCACCGAUAUGAUCAUCUAUCAGGGCCAAUAUAAAAAAGCAAUAGCCAGCCUGCAUCAUCUAGCAGCUCUCCAGGGGUCACUUCCUCAGCCACAGAUCACAGGACAGGGGACGCUGGAGCAUCAGAGGGCGCUCAUCCAGCUGGCAACCUGCCACUUUGCUCUAGGGGAGUAUAGGAUGACAUGUGAAAAAGUCCUUGAUUUGAUGUGCUACAUGGUACUCCCCAUUCAAGAUGGAGGCAAAUCACAGGAGGAACCCUCAAAAAUAAAGCCCAAAUUUAGAAAAGGUUCAGACCUGAAGUUGCUGCCUUGUACCAGCAAGGCUAUCAUGCCGUUCUGCCUGCAUCUGAUGCUGGCUUGCUUUAAGCUCCGAGCUUUCGCGGACAGCAGGGACGACAUGGCGCUGGGCCACGUGAUUGUCUUGCUUCAGCAAGAGUGGCCACGGGGAGAGAAUCUUUUCUUGAAAGCUGUCAGUAAGAUUUGCCAACAAGGAAAUUUCCAAUACGAGAAUUUUUUCAACUAUGUUACAAAUAUCGAUAUGCUGGAGGAAUUCGCCUACUUAAGAACUCAGGAAGGUGGGAAAAUUCAUCUGGAAUUACUGCCCAAUCAAGGAAUGCUGAUCAAGCCUUCUAGCCCUCCCAUGGGGUUACUGCAGCAGGAAUUCUUACCUGUGCUUCAGCCCAGCAUACAGACUGCUGACAGGUACCACGUGGAAAAACACCUGCUCAUAGUGUGCCGUUUUGUCAACAUGUCGUACUGCCCAUGGUUUCCAGCUCUCUGUUCCUCAGUGCUCUUUUUCAUGCUUUAUUUAUUUUUUUAAUUUGUUCUGCAUUCCUUGGCAAACCAUCUGGUUGUAAUAUUGUAACAUUUCUUAUUUUUUUUCCAUAAGUUGCCAGUGUUUUUGUGUUCGAUUUAAAAAUCAUUAUGGAUCUGGAAAAAAAAAGUUAUAUAAAACCGUGUAGAUUAAGCACACCGUAGGUUAGGCUCUAGACUGUGAUUCUCUUUUGAUAAAACAUAAGGCAUUCAGUCAUAAAUAUUUAAGGAUGCCGGAGCUCAUUUUAAGUAAAUUUUGUUCGUGGAUUGUCAUAUUAGUGAGCAGUGUGGAUGUUCUGGUCUAACCGGGCCUUAGCACAGCAUUUACUGAUUUUUCAGACCUUCCCUUUCUAAACUGAAAAUACUUGGUAUGCUGCAUUUAUUAGCUGAUUUCUCCUGUCCUUAACCACAGAAGCUAACUAAUGCUCUUCUUCAUCCAAACUCACCAGAGGGAUAGAAACUGAUAGAAAUAUAAUGGAGUUGUACUGCUUUAUCUGUAGAAACAAUACCAUUGAACCAUGAUCAGCAGGACACGACAUUUUAUUAUAUUUGUACUAGCACGAAGGGAAAAGUUUACUUUGAGCUUUCAAAGCCCUUUAGCUAGUUGUCUGCAAAUACCAGUAAUUCUCCGUUGCUCAAGGGUUGGCUCCCAUCAGGGGUUGCAGUCUGGGACCCAGAAGAACAGGAUCUCGGUGGCUUCAGUGGGUCUACGCCUCUUCCCAGUGGGCCUCAUGGGCUCAGCCUCACCGAUGCCACGUCCUUAUUACUGAGUUAACCAGCCGACUUCACUAGAAACAUCCACCGAGAACUGUGUUUUCUCCCUGGCCCUGCUGCCGUCGGCGUAGUUCGUCCGAAUGCCCGUGGGCGUUGUAGACUGUCGUGUAGUAUCUUUGCUAGUCUGACAGAGCCGAGUUUUGUUUUCUCUUCUGUUGCACUGCAACUUUUUGACUUCUGUUGUACUGUUUUAUAUGACAAUAAACAAGUUUAAAAACAAAAACAAAAACAGGAACAUUUUAGAGUGGUUUCGACAGUUUUGUUUUGGCCAAUACAUAAAAAUCUAAUUUUAAAUCCCUGCUACUGUGUCUGAGGGAAGUUAGGCAGUCAAGGUGGGGAAUGGAGGUGCCUUCUAUUGGUCUAAUCUACUAAACUACUGACCCGGUAGUUGAAACUCCUUUCCUUUUAACAACCCAUUGAGUUUUGCUAGAUUUUUCUUUUCCUUUCUUCAUUUUGACGUCUUAAGUUUUCUGGGAUUUCCUUUGUGAACUCCUUCUCCACAGCACAGCUUUCGGGUGUAGCUAGAACUUUUCUCGUGCUCCCACUGAUCCUUCCACGGACGUGCACGUCUCCUGAGCACGUGGACCACAUCUGGUCCCCAGUAGGCUUUUGCAGGGCACUGGCUGUUCUUCAGGGAGUCAGCCUCUCUCCCCCCACCCCUGCCAGACUCUUGUCUUGGGACCUCCAACUCCCCCCGCUGCUUCUCAGACAGACGUGAGUCUGGAUGGGCUCAGCACUUAGCAGAGCUGUCCUGUUCCGGCUCCACCGGGGAGCAACGCACUUGGAACCCCAGUGGCCCAGCACAAGCCCCCGGCCUUUCUGAGCCUCAGCACAGAGCCCCCGGCCCCAGCUCAGUGUGACUGGCUCAUUCUGGCUUCCCUCCUCCCUGCUGCUGCCUGUGCACUCGGCUGCCUUGUCCGGACACGAACUGUGGGGCCGUGUGCACUGGGCCCAGUUGGCCCAAAGUGACAGAACCGUGCACAGGUCAGCACAGGGAUGCGUAGUGUCAGAGCUGCAAGAGUCCAGAAGCAAAGCAGCUGGCAUUUCACCAGACGUUUAGAUGUUUAAAAUAGCCUUUUACUGAGUGGGAAACAUGUCUCUAGUUUUAUGUCUUUCUGAGAAGGAACGGGUAGGGGGAUUGUUUGGUUAGGGCUUUUCUUCCUUUUUGAAUUUUUUUUACUUAAACUUAGAUUUCAGUCAGGUUUUACUCCUGCCCCAGAAACACUGACCAGUGAUGCCGGCGCUAAGUGGUGUCCAUCUGUUUCCCUGUCGCUGC